GUGACAGAAGGUGAGGUGACAGUUCAAUGUCUUCAUCUGCGGAAAUAUCCAAGAUAAAAACAAACACAUUUUGCAUGUUUUUCUAAAAAAUAAUUGACAGGAAGGAUAUUGAAGAGUUUUGGUGUGAAAAUGUCACAAGAAUACGAUGCGAAAAUUAAUUUGCACUUGGAUAUUAAUCACGGUUUGGACAGGGUAACUGAAUUGGUUCAGACACGCUUAAUCGAGUGUGGAUGGCGCGACCAAGUCAGGCUAGCUUGCAGGAAGGCCAUCACGGAAAAUGAGAAACACAUACCCACUGUAGACGAGCUCAUAGCUACAGUAACGCCAAAAGCUAGGAGUAUGGUGCCUGAUUCAGUCAAAAGGGAGCUACUACAUGAGCUAGAAUCAAUUUUAAUAAAUGUAGACAAGUUUGGAUAUAGUAAGAGCUUUUAAUUUAUUUAUUGUAACAAUUCAUUGUGGUUCUGUAUUGCAACAUUAAUUAUAAUUCAUCUUUUACCUUCGAUUUACAAUCACAGUAA